UGGCCAGUCCGUGGUGAGUGCGCUGUACAAUAAACAACGUAGCAGUGGCCCCACACUCCAUCAACCCUCCUAACCCCUUUCUCCAUCAAUGGAAUCGGUUUCUCCGCUUUAACUCACACACAAUCAAUGCAUCAAUCCUUUUUAAUCCAACCCUAUCAUAACAAUCCUUUCCCUCUUACCUAAGCGACUUCAAUCUUCAUUUCUUCCUCGGCUGCUCAAUUGUUGCUGUCAAAAUGUCCAAACAGACCUACCGAGUUUGCUUCUGCUUUCGGCGGAGGUUCCGCCUCGCGGCGUCGGAGGCGCCGGCGGACGUCAAGGAGAUCUUCGCUCGGUACUCGGAUAACGGCGUGAUGAGCGUGGAUCAGCUGCGACGGUUCUUGGUGGAGGUGCAGGGAGAGGAGAAUGCCACGCUAGAGGAUGCGCAGUCGUUGAUGGAUAGCCUCAAGCAUCUGAAUAUAUUUCAUCGUCGGGGGUUCAAUCUCGAGACCUUCUUUAAGUACUUGUUUGGGGAUGUUAAUCCGCCCCUCAAUCCCAAGCUUGGGGUUCACCACGAUAUGAAUGCUCCUCUGUCUCAUUACUUUAUAUACACAGGCCAUAAUUCUUAUCUAACCGGGAAUCAGCUAAGUAGUGAUUGUAGUGAUGUUCCCAUCAUAAAUGCGUUGCAUAGAGGUGUAAGAGUUAUUGAAUUGGAUAUAUGGCCAAAUUCCAGAAAUGACGAUGUCAAUGUUCUGCAUGGGAGGACGCUUACUACUCCUGUUCAACUCAUAAAAUGUUUGAAAUCAAUUAAAGAGCAUGCCUUUGUUGCAUCUGAGUAUCCUGUUGUAAUAACACUAGAAGAUCAUCUUACUCCAGAUCUUCAGGCUAAAGUCGCUGAGAUGAUCACUCAAACAUUUGGAGACAUCCUGUUUUCCCCUGGUUCAGAAUGCUUGCGAGAGUUUCCCUCCCCAGAAUCGUUAAAGCGAAGGAUAAUUAUAUCAACCAAACCACCCAAAGAGUAUUUACAGGCCAAGGAUGUUAAAGUACAAGAGAAUGACUCGAAGAAGGAAAAGGAUUCCAAUGGGAGGGAAGCUUGGGGGAGUGAACUCAAAGGCUUUGAAGCCAAAAUGGAUGAUGAUAAGGAUUAUGGCGAUUUUGAUGUGGAGGAUGAUGAAGAUGAUGGAGAGGAUCUGAAGGCACAGCAAAAUGAGGCGCCAGAAUAUAGACGUUUGAUUGCCAUCCAUGCUGGAAAGGGAAAGGGUGGAAUGAAGGACUGGCUGAAGGUUGAUCCUGAUAAAGUGAGACGCCUUAGCUUGAGUGAACAAGAGCUUGAAAAAGCCAUUAUAACUUAUGGCAAAGAUAUUGUCAGGUUUACACAGAGGAACUUGCUGAGAGUGUACCCUAAAGGUAUACGUUUCGACUCUUCCAAUUACAACCCCUUGAUUGGAUGGUCGCACGGAGCUCAAAUGGUUGCAUUCAAUAUGCAGGGUUAUGGAAGAUCACUUUGGUUGAUGCAUGGCAUGUUCAAGGCCAAUGGUGGCUGUGGAUAUGUUAAGAAGCCAGAGUUUUUGUUGCAAGCUGAUUCAAAUGGCAAUGUCUUUGAUCCGAAAGCAAUAUUACCUGUCAAAACUACUCUGCGGGUGACUGUCUAUAUGGGUGAAGGAUGGUAUUAUGACUUCAAGCACACACAUUUUGAUGCUUAUUCUCCCCCAGAUUUUUAUGCUAGGGUGGGAAUUGCUGGAGUGCCUGCUGAUACUGUUAUGAAAAAGACCAAGACUCUUGAAGAUAAUUGGAUACCAACAUGGGAUGAGGUGUUCGAGUUCCCACUAACGGUGCCUGAACUGGCGCUCCUAAGGAUUGAAGUUCACGAGUAUGAUAUGUCCGAGAAGGAUGACUUUGCAGGCCAAACGUGCCUGCCGGUACGAGAGCUAAGACAAGGUAUCCGAGCGGUUCCACUUCAUAGUCGCAAGGGGGAGAAGUACAACUCAGUCAAACUUCUUAUGCGAUUUGAGUUUGUCUGAUCGGCAUUGUAUAUUGUGUGCUUCUUUGUGGUGCUGUGUCGCUUGUUAGAUACUUGCGUUUUAUGUACAGGACUGUCUGAAAUGUCAAUGAUUUGAAACGAGUGAGUUUGUGUAAAAAAUCAUUUUUUAUCACUUCCGCAAUGAAACAUUUUUCAAAAUAUAGUGUAAUGUCGAAUAUUUUGAGGUAUUUAAAGAUUAUGUAUGAUUUAAUACGUUUAGCAGUU